AACAAAAACAUAGGGGGACCCGGCAUGGAGCGUAAUGGAUGUACUGUACACACGUGGGGUGCCGAAGUUGGCAUCAUUUAAACUGCUUAGACUGAUCAAGCCUGUGUAUUUAUUAUGUUAACUCGAACGACAUUAUUAUUAAUGACUACAUUACAAAUUACGCGUGUAGUAAAUGAAAGCGUUUAUUGUAACGAAGAAAUGCAUUGAUUUCCCAACAGUUUCGCUUGUUUAAUAUUGUUUUACAUUUUUUCCGUGAGACACAUCAGUUGAUUCACUAUGUAACGAUACUAGCGGAGAUACACGAUGUUAACUUUAACACAAGGAUUUCUUCGUUUCAAACCAACACUCCCGGGUGCCAUGCCGAUCAGAUUUGCACAGCAUGCACGCUUUUUGGUUGUAGCAAAAUAUCACACCGUAGAAUGCUUCUCAUCAGAAAAUGACAUUAGAAAGUUUAUUGUCGAAAAUACAGAAGUCGUACAAGGAAAUCAUCUUACUCCGGAGAUCAAGAUGAGACUGUUCACCCCGAAGUGCCGCUUCUGGAGAGCCCGGCCGGAGCUCUGGCCCUUCAGCGACCCGUACUGGGCAAUCUACUGGCCCGGAGGACAGGCGCUGACCAGGUUUCUGUUUGAUAAUCCAGGCACUAGCAGGGGUAAGAAGGUCUUAGAUCUUGGAAGUGGAUGUGGUGCCUCGGCAAUGGCUGCCAGCCUCAGAGGCGCCUCGCACGUUCUGGCUAAUGACAUAGAUCCAGUGGCAACUACAGCUAUCAAGAUGAAUUGUGAACUGAAUAACCUGAAACCUUUACCUGUGUCAGUAGAAAACUUGAUUGGGACCAAAGCAGAGGACUGGGAUCUUAUCCUUUUGGGAGACAUGUUUUAUGACACCGAGCUUUCAGAUGGUUUGCAUUCUUGGCUGAAGCAAUGUGUCAGCACUCACAGAACACAAGUCCUCAUUGGAGACCCAGGAAGGGCUAACUUUGAAAAUCAUAAAAUUCAGAAAUGGCUGCGUGAACUAGCACACUAUGAGCUGCCCCUUUGUGUCACGGAAGAGAAUUAUGGACUGACAUCUAGCAAAGUCUGGGAGUUCUUGCCUUGAAAGCUCUAUGGCAUUAGGCAGUAUACACUUGUAAUAAUAAUUAAAAAAAAUCACAUUUAUACAGUAUUUCGUUUAUAAAGCACUUUACAUAAACAGUGGGGACCCACUUCAGCCAUCGCCAGUGUGACUGUAAGGCACAAGGAAUGACGGCUUUUAUUUAUAGCCAGCAUGACUGGGUGAGAUUCAGAACUCUUAAUUGUCUCUCUUGUAUUGUUUUAAUUGCCUUUUUUAUUUUAUUUUAGUUUUGUUUACUAACUUAGAGCUAAGAAUUUAAUGCAAACACUAAAGACACCAACAGCUGACUUUGUCCCAUUUGCACCUCUGCUUCUUUAAUAAAGCAUUUCCUUUAGUAACGUUUAUAAAGAGAUAUUCAGUAACAUCUUUGUUUUUUUUUGUAUUUAUUUAUACACAUUAAAUUCAAACACAAUAAAGACACAAUCAUACUCUUCACGUCAGAAAUGCACAUAUUAA